GCGGGCAUCGGCCGGGGCCGGGUGUUAUGUCAAACUGGGGGCAAGUGCAGAAAAAAGUUAUCAUCGGGGGAGACGCGUUCUUGGGGAUUAUCGGUGUUAAUCCAAGUCUGUCUCGCAAACAAGCAGCGCGUUAUUGAGCGGCGUGUAAUCUGUGUUUAGGUCUUCUUAGGAGUGCUGUCGCGAAAAUGGUUCUAUCACAGAAAUUACUCAAUUGCAGUUUGCGACUGCUGAAGAGUUCGCGACCGGUGCAGGCACAGUUUAAUGGGAUUUCCUCAGCAAACUAUUACAGAUGCUUUGGUAUCUCAGCAGUGAAUCGAAGCGAGAGAAGAUUUACAGCGAAACAUGAAUGGGUAACAGUUGCGAAUGGGAUCGCAACAGUUGGAAUCUCACACUAUGCCCAAGACUCUCUAGGGGAUGUGGUUUUCGCACAGCUUCCUGAUGUCGGCGCGAAUAUAAAGCAAAAUGAGGAAUGUGGGGCGCUUGAAAGCGUGAAGGCUGCCAGCGAAGUGUAUUCUCCUGUAUCUGGAACCGUUACCGAAAAGAAUACGGCAGUCGAGGACUCGCCUGGCCUUAUCAACUCUUCGUGUUAUGAUAAAGGUUGGCUAUUCAAAGUGAAGCUCAUACAGCCUGCGGAAUUGGAAGAACUCAUGGAUGAAAAGAAAUACGAAGAGUUCUUAAAAUCAGACUCGCACUAGAUAGGCUGAUGUUCCGAAUGGACCUUGAUUGUUAUGUUAAAGAAUUGAAUAGAAUUAAUCCAAAGAUGGUGUCUAGUGAUAUGUGAAACAUUGGUAGAGCUACGCUUAACCUUUAAUAAAAUGUGUUUUUAUGAUGUAUUUUAAA